AUGCGGAAAACAACAAGAAGACUACUCAUCCUCGUCGUGCUCGCUGUCCUCGCGCUACUCCCAGCAACCAACGCUGCGCUCAUCAACUCGAACAGCCUGUACUGGUGCAAGUGCCAAUGCUUCACCAACUCGACAAUCAUCCCCCUUCUCCACCCAGAGGACUCGAACCGCCCCUGUCUCAGCUGCACGCGCCAGUUCUGCCUCGACCAAAAGCUGGAGAUAUGUAAGGGCGCAAAGGUCCCAGAGCUCGACACGGACACGGGCACCGGCACCGAGGGCGACGUCGCGGCGACAUGCUUCAAGCGCGACUCGCCGCGCGACCAGGUCAUUGUGACCUGCUUUGUGCUCAUCUGCUGUGCCUUGCUGCUCUUUGCUGGCGUGCGCGCGCGGUUACGCAAAGCCGUCGAGCAGCGCGGCGCGCAGCCCAUCGACCUGCGCGAGUGGGGCCAGGCGCUGCUCCCCGAGCCUCUGCACAACUCUGUGUUUGGGCGUAACAACAACCAGCGGUAUGGGCCCGUCUCGGUCGGCAGCUAG